GGUAGUUUAUUUCUUCCGUGUACAGUUUCCAUAAUUUUACAGUUGUGUAAACAGAGUUCUGAUUUUGUGGUUUUUAAACCAACAAUUCAUAAUAAUUAAUAACAGUUCCAUGCUAGUUAAAUAUUAAGUUAUUUAAAACGCUCGUGUGUAAGGGUACGUGGUGUGUUUUCUGUACGUGAUUCCACGUUAAAACAAAUACGACCACCGUAACACAAAACUAUAGUCUUGAGGGGGCGUAGUCUCGGAUCACCAACUAAUCAUUCAGAUCACGGGAUCGAACAAGAUCAGGAUUAUGGACCAUCAUCAUAAUUCGGACUUUCACCGAAGUUCUAAUUCGUUGGAUUCCGACUCAAAAUCAAGUUCACUGAACUCCAAACACGGAAUGGAUACGAUUGUGGCAAAUGAGUCCUCAUUUACUUAUCUGUCCGGAGAAAACAUGCAGGAUAUCAAGAAUGAUGUGUCGUACAUUUGUCCAUAUAGUGGACCGGUAGUGGGAACACUGAACAUUACCAACUAUAGACUGCAUUUCCGGUCGCAACCAUCCAGUGAUAAGGAUCCAGUAGUAAUUGUCGAUUGCCCCUUGGGAGCCGUGAGUCGCAUAGAAAAAGUUGGAGGGGCUAGUUCCAGGGGUGAAAACUCUUACGGAAUCGAUAUCUUCUGCAAGGACAUGCGGAAUCUGCGUUUCGCUCAUAAACAAGAAAACCACUCACGUCGGACAGUGUUCGAAAAGCUUCAACUGUAUGCGUUUCCCCUAGCAAACAAUCAACAGUUGUUUGCAUUCAAUUACAAGGAAAGAUUUCCCGAGGACGGGUGGAAUGUGUACGAGCCAGUGGCCGAAUUGCGCCGGAUGGGUGUCAACAGCGCUAAUAAUGACACUUGGAGAAUCACAAGACUUAACGACAAGUAUGAGAUUUGCGAUAGUUAUCCUUCGGUUUGGGCCGUACCUAAAACUGCCAAGGAUGAUUUGAUACGACAAGUAGCCAGUUUCCGGUCCCGAAAUCGGCUGCCAGUUCUCUGCUGGAUACAUCCGAAAUCGUUAGCUACAAUCACUCGCUGUUCGCAGCCUUUAGUAGGAGUCGGCGGAAAGCGGAACGACGCUGAUGAAACGUACAUAAACUAUAUUAUGGAAGCAAACGCCCAAUCGGAUAAGCUGUCAAUUUUCGAUGCCCGUCCCAAUGCAAAUGCUAUUGCGAACAAAGCCAAGGGCGGCGGGUAUGAAUCCGAGGAUGCCUACAAGAAUGUUGAACUCACGUUCCUGGAUAUCCACAAUAUCCACGUGAUGCGGGAGAGCUUACGAAAGCUGAAGGAGAUCUGCUUCCCGGCAAGCGAUGAUCAAAAGUGGCUUUCGUCCGUGGAGAGCACCCUGUGGUUGAAGCAUAUUAAAUGCAUUUUGGCCGGAGCAGUUCGGAUCAUCGAUAGGAUUGAGAAUAUGCGUAUGUCAGUUGUGGUUCAUUGCUCCGAUGGAUGGGAUCGUACAUCUCAGCUUACGGCUCUUGCAAUGCUUUUGUUAGAUCCGUACUACCGUACUUUGAAAGGCUUCGAAGUACUGAUCGAAAAAGAAUGGCUUAGUUUUGGACACAAAUUUGAACAGCGCAUUGGCCACGGGGAUAAUCAUCACUCAGAUGCAGAUCGUUCUCCGGUAUUCCUGCAGUUCAUUGACUGUGUUUGGCAGAUAAUGAAACAAUUUCCACAUGCACUGGAGUUUAAUGAAUACUUCCUGAUUACUAUUUUGGACCAUCUGUAUUCGUGUCGCUUUGGAACGUUCCUGUACAAUACUGAGCGCGAGCGUGUUCAAAAUGAACUGAAAAACCGCACCGUGUCGCUUUGGUCGUUUAUAAAUUCAUCCCACGAACAGUACCGUAAUCCGCUGUACGGCGGCCGCAAUAUGGCCACCCAGAAUGUGCUGAAACCGGUCGUCAGCAUGCGACACAUUCGCCUGUGGAAGGGCCUGUACUGUCGGUGGAACCCCAGCAUGCGGCAACAGGAUCCAAUCUAUCAGCGGACUCGGGAGCUGCUGGUCCUGCUCAAGCAGCUGGAGGAAUGUCAGCUGGAGAAAACUCAGCGAACACACCAGUCGGCGCGGUUGACGUCACCUUUACAUUAGAAGGAGGAUGAUGAUGAUUGCAGUGGCUGUUGAUUGAGUAUGAGUCUUUUCGGUAAUUUGAAAAUCUGGUAGUUUUCGAGAAAUAUGAAAAUGAAAUAAUUUUGCAUAGUAUGGUUCUCCAAAUGAAUAUGAAACACACAACGCUAAUUGUUUAUAUGUAUGACUAAAAAUCUAGAUAACUCGAAAAAAUAAUAAAAAACAGAAAACUAUGAAACUUAAAUUUAUUUGAGCUUUUUAAAAUUACAUUCGGUGUUAUUAUUAAAAUCCUAAAAUUAUUUUGAAUAGGCUAUUCUUAUUAUUGGUUUAAUAAAUUGCAUUAUUUUCGAGAAACUCUGCAUAAUGCAUUUCGAAGAACAUUUUCAUAACAUUCUCCUAAUUUAGGUCGAUCCGUAAUUAAUAAUGCUUUGAAGAACACACACACAUAUAUAUAAAGAGCAUGUAUCCGAAGUUAAUGGCGUCCCAGCAUAAAGUGGAAAAGUUCGUGCAGCAAUGUGCAUUAUUAUAAUUAACUCCCUGUCUAUGUCUAUCCGAGUGCAUGCAGACAAAUGGGUGCUUAUAUUGAGAAUGAGUAGGUACGAUGAUCAUUAGAUUUGAAUUAGUGAUACGGAAAAGGCGCCGCGCAGACAGACAAUGUAUCCUAUUGUACCGCAGUUUAGAGAUGAAGAAAGUCUUUUUAUUAGCAUUAGUUUGCUCGGAUUUUCGUACUUUGUUUCCAGUAUGCAUCAGCAGUGAGCAGUUUGUGGCAGUAGUUAUCAGUAACAAUGUUAUAAUGUUUUUCAUAACCCAUUAUUUAACCUUCUCCAGGAUGUAAAACCCCUAACACUAGCUACCAUCAGCACGAUGAUAUCGCGUGUAGCAAGGCUUUAGUUGGUAAGAUGCAAAGUUCGUAUGCUCUCAUUGUAUCCAUUGAAUAUCGUAUUCGUCGAAAUAUUACCGCAUAUAAUGAAGUUUAUAAUAUAUUUCGAAAAGAAGAUUAUUAAAA